CACCGUCGCUGGUAAAGUUUCCCGAAUUGCCGUUGAAGCCGUUGGUUCUCCCCGAUUUUUCGGACUUUAUUGCGGACUUUCUGGUGGCCGGGCGGCUGGAUUGUACUCCGAUGGUGGGCUAAGAGGGAAGCAUGGUGGUGAAUUCCGUGCACUGGUUCCGCAAAGGUCUGCGGCUGCACGAUAAUCCGGCGCUUCAGGAGGCUCUGAGCGGAGCGGACACGGUGCGCUGUGUUUACGUCCUGGACCCCUGGUUCGCCGGAGCCGCUAACGUCGGGAUCAACAGAUGGAGGUUUCUGCUGGAGUCCCUGGAGGACCUGGAUAACAGCCUGAAGAAGCUCAACUCCAGGCUGUUUGUCGUCAGAGGCCAGCCGACCGAAGUCUUCCCGAGGCUCUUUAAGGAAUGGAACGUGACCCGGCUGACGUUCGAGUACGACCCCGAGCCUUAUGGGAAGGAGAGGGACGGCGCCAUCAUCAAGAUGGCCCAGGAGUUUGGAGUGGAGACGGUCGUCAGAAACUCACACACCCUCUACAACCUGGACAGGAUAAUCGAGAUGAACAACAACAACCCUCCUCUGACAUUUAAGCGAUUUCAGAGCAUCGUGAGCAGGCUGGAGUUACCAAGGAGACCUCUGGCUCCCAUCGGCCAACAACAGACGAACGGAUGUCUCGGUAAAAUCUCCGACAACCACGACCAGCUGUACAGCAUACCUUCGCUGGAGGAGCUAGGUUUCAGGACGGAGGGAUUACCUGCAGCCGUGUGGAGGGGAGGAGAGUCGGAGGCUUUGGACAGACUGAGCAGAUACCUGGACAAAAACGUGUGGGUGGCCAACACUCGGGCGAAAACGUGUUCUCUGUAUGCCAGCCCUACAGGCCUCAGCCCCUAUCUGCGCUUCGGCUGCCUGUCCUGCAGGGUUUUAUACUACAACCUCAGAGAGAUCUACAUGAAGCUCUGCAAGCGGAGCAGUCCUCCUCUAUCCCUGUACAGCCAGCUCUUAUGGAGGGAGUUCUUUUACACCGCCGCCACCAAUAACCCAAACUUCGACCGCAUGGAGGGAAACCCCAUCUGUGUGCAGAUCCCUUGGGACCAGAACCCAGAGGCGCUGGCCAAGUGGGCCGAGGGCCGGACCGGUUUCCCCUGGAUCGACGCCAUCAUGACUCAGCUGAGGCAGGAGGGCUGGAUCCACCACCGGGCCCGGCACGCCGUGGCCUGCUUCCUGACCAGAGGCGACCUGUGGAUCAGCUGGGAGAGCGGGAUGAAGGUGUUCGAGGAGCUGCUGCUGGAUGCAGACUGGAGCGUGAACGCCGGCAGCUGGAUGUGGCUGUCCUGCAGCUCCUUCUUCCAGCAGUUCUUUCACUGCUACUGUCCCGUGGGGUUCGGCAGGAGGACCGACCCGUCCGGAGACUACAUCAGGCGUUACGUUCCCAUCCUGAAGGACUAUCCCAACCGGUACAUCUACGAGCCGUGGAACGCGCCCGAGUCUCUGCAGAAGGCGGUGAACUGCGUGGUGGGAGUGGAUUACCCCAAACCGAUGAUCAACCACGCAGAGGGCAGCCGGCUCAACAUCGAGCGCAUGAAGCAAGUUUACCAGCAGCUGUCCCAUUACAGAGGACUCAGUUUGCUCGCAUCGGUACCGACGAUCCAGGAGGAGGCAGAGCCUCCGAUGACGGACGAGUCUCAGACCAGCAGCGGGCCUGAUUCUCCUCCCAGAGACCUCACUGAAGUUGAAGCAUCUGGCUGCUCGACUGCUCCAGACUCCUCCACCUCAGUCACACAUCCAGACCAGGAGGACGCCUCCCAUCAUCAUCCUUUUCACUAUCACUGCACCUCCUCUGGCCAGCCGUCCUCUCCUAACUCCAGUCCGGCCCACAGUCCGGCCCAGCAGGCCAAACCCAGUCCUGCCUCCUCUUCCUGCCUUUUCGUUGCCCACAAGGGGCGACAAAGCCAAAGACAGAGAGGAUGUCAGUGCUGCCUGGCGGAGGAGGAGGAGGAGAGGAUGCAGGAGGAAGUGGAGGUGGAUGAGGAGAGGAUGGAGGAGGAGCAGACAGCGGCACUGCAGCAGUGACAUCAGGUGGACAGGUGCAGUUUCAAAGACCAGUCUGUAUUUUUCACCCAGCCAGUUGGAAACCAAGGAAGAGUCCCUUGGAUCUGUGGGGGGUGGGGGGGAACCCACACCUGAAAACAUGAACGCAAUGCAACAAGUGGAUGGAAGAAAAACAUUAAACCCCAGUUUGGCCAAAUUAAGACAGGAACUGAAGCACUUUGCGGCCACCUGUUCGUGCAAUGAAAUGACUGUCAUGUGGCCUAGAAACCUUUGAAGAAGCUGAAGCCAUUUAAUGUAUGUAAGAUGAGAUGAUAUGUGUAUUACCAUGUACAGCCCCACCUCCUGUUUUAUAAAGAUUUUAUAAGAGCAGAGGCUUUCUCUGAAGCACAGGCUUUGUUUAUAGACGGCGGCGUUUAACGUCGGGUUCAGGCUUCAUUAUAUCUCCUCUCCCUGGAUCUCGGAGGUGAAACCAUGGAGACUGGAUGUUUUUGAAUAGCAAACACAUCCAUGCCAUCUUUGAUGUCCUAUUGACUCCUAACCAACAUCGGUCCGCUUUGUGGCAGAUAGUAAGUGCACUAAAGCGCUCCACACCGAAGCAAUGCAAAGGUGCUUCAGAUAUAAUGAAAUGUAGGAGCUGAAAGACGAGCCUGCUUGCUUUUAAUCUGCAGAGUGGCGCCUGUUGGAUCCUAACAUAGCGUUUUAUUUGCCUCUGAAGUCGGAGCCAAGGUGUGGGGAUGAACGUCACACCUGAGUUGAGUUCGUUCUACCUGGAAACCUGAAAGCCGACGGGAUUUGCUGAUUGUUUUUGAGCCGAUGAAGUGUUUCUCUAACCGUUUAAUGAGCUUGAACGCUAAAGAACCGUGUUCACCAACGCAUGCUGUGCAGCACGAUUUGUGCCUCUGUUUUGAUGACGUACAGACUGUCAACAAUGCCAAUAAGUGAAUCCUGCAUCAUUAUGUGCACGGCAGCCAUGUUGGAUAUUGAUCUAGGGGACAGUUCUGACCUUAGUGGAGGUCCUUGUCGUAUUUUAAAUGUUAACUUAAUUCUAGGGUUGAAACAAAAUAAAGGAUAAACCCCAAAACACACGCGGCAAAGUUCCACGUAUCGGAACUGGAACCCGGGACGGCGGCGUGAGGACUCAGGCCUCCUUACAUGGGUCGUCUGCACUACCCCUGUGCCACCACCGUACCCUGUCAUGUAUGUUAUUUUCUAUUUUCCCCCCUUAUCAGAAGCCAGUAAUGAAAAAUCAGUAAUUACUUUAUUUUUGUUUUGAAACAGCACAUUUUAAAACGACAUACAAGUUAUUUUUUGUGUGGCCCAAAAACAGUUUUUUAGUUUUCUAUAUGUCCGUUACAAGCGUCUGUUGACCAAAUACGUUGUAGGUUUGUACAAUGACAGUAAAGAUUUAUCUUACUGCCAAAAAUGACAUUCUUUUAAUGUUUGAAAUAAUUUUAAAAUCAAGCACCAGACUUGCAGACUGCUUCUCCAAACAUUUGUCAAAGAACGGGUCGCUCUCAGGACUUUACAGAACUCCACCUGUGCAAAGCGUCCAGUUGUGCGAUUUCCGUGCUCCUAUAUCCUCAGUAAACUGUCAGCGGUGCUAAAAGGACGCCGAGUGCUCCGGCAAACCAAAAGAUUGUGGUGAACUCCAUGCUCCCAACUUUGUGGGAGCAGUUUGGAGACGAAUCCUUCCUCUUCAUUCAUGUCUGCACCAGAGAACAAAGCAAAGAGGCAUGAAUGACCUGGACUGGCCGUCACAGAGUCCUGAUCUCGACCCGAUGAAACACCUUUGGGAUGAAUUAGAGUGGAGACUGAGAGCCUGACCUUCUCACCCAACAUCAGUGUCUGACCUCAUAAAUGGGCUUCUGGAAGAAUGGUCAAAACGGCCCUUAAACACUCCUGGAACCUUUUUGGACUGCCUUCCCAGAAGGAAUUAAGUCAUUUAAGUUCAUAUGUGAGUCAAAGCAGAUGAGUGAAUACUUUUGGCGAUUAUAGUGUGUUUUGUGGCAAAUUAAACGUGAGAUGGGCUGGAGAAAGAGCGCCUCCUACAGUCACGUUUGUGAUUGUCGCAGAAAUAAAGGACACGUCUAAGAGUUUGAGGACCAAAUUUUUGUUUCUUUUUGGGGAUCAUUUAUCUUUGAAUCAUGAUUGAGUUUAAAAAAAAAAAAAAAAAAAAGACUAAUGUAUUUUAACUUAUUGUUAAAAACCAUCCUUUCAAAAGUUGCUGUUUUCUGAUGAGAAAAUUAAGUUACCAAAGCUACAACAUCAAAGUCACACCAAGUUUGUGAUUUUUUUCAUUUUUUUAUCUUCCUAAAUUGCCAUUUUAUUUAGCACAAAAUGAAGGCCAUAUUACCUGGACAUAAAUCCUUUUUGCACUAUUUAGUUAAGGAGAGAUGCUGUAAGAUCAGCCUUAUGGGAUGUUGGGGCGGUGUUGAGUUCAAGCUGGAUGAAAAUAUUUGAAAUGUAUUUUGUGUGAAAUUACCAGCAGAUAAACCCUGAUACCUUAGAGCCUUGUUAAUAUCCACGUUAUAUUAAACAAUGGAGUUUCUAACUGAGUCAUCAGCAAAGAAUCGCGCUGCAGCCUGAACCUGAUGUUACACUGCAAGUGUGCAGAUUUCUUUCUGCAUGAAGCUGUUGUGGCAUUUUUUAAAUCGAUCCAAUUUAUUUAUACAGCUCCAAUUCACAACACACAUCAUCUCAAGGCACUUUACCAUGUCACUUCAUCCUGCUCUGCUUGGGUUCUUGCUAACUCUUUGUUUAUAUGUACAUGUUUACAGUGAAUAUUUUAGGAAUAGCUGAUAUUUUUGCCAUAGAUCCUGUGGUUGUUCAGGGGGGGGGGGCGCAUGAACCAGAGAAUGCUUUAUCUGUAUAGCCGGACUGUAGAGUAAUAAAGUGUUCUUGUUCCUUAUUCUUUAUCUGUUUGUAUAUAAAAUAAAAGCAUUCAACUAUC